AUGAUACUCCCCAACACAUACUUAUCACAGUACUGUUGCAAAGACCACUACCAGGCUCUGAUGUUCUAUCGCAAUCAACUUUCCGAAGAGGCCGUGUUUUCCCGGAAGGACAUAACUGUCGUUCCUCCAUUCGCUACCAUUGAUGGCCAGUGGUACGAAAACAACAUCACAUGCCUAGAAGAAGUACUUGCCAAACACAGGGAGCUUAAAGAGCAGGGUAAGACGCUCACUGAUGUAAUUGCCAUGAUGAGCGGAUUAUCUGUUGCAGACGGCAACGAUAAGGAAACUUCGGAAUUAGCUAAGCUCAUCGAAGACUUUGACAUCGUUGAGCACGAGGGCGGAGCUAACAGCAAAGACGUGCCCCAUGAGCCCGACAGAGAAGCAGCAGCUAGGGGCAUCGACGGGUACAUCACCAACGGACAUAGCUUAGGUGGCUACAUGGUGUAA